GCCCCGGCGCGCGGCCGUGCUUCCCGGUGACGGAGCGCAGGCGCCGAGACGAUGCGGGGCCAGGAGGUGCUGGGCCAGGCGGCCCGGCUGGCCUCCUCGGGGCUGCUCCUGCAGGUAUUGUUUCGAUUGAUUACCUUUGUCUUGAAUGCAUUUAUACUUCGCUUCCUGUCCAAGGAAAUUGUUGGCAUAGUGAACGUGAGGCUGACGCUGCUUUACUCAACCACCGUCUUCCUGGCCCGAGAGGCCUUCCGGAGAGCGUGUCUGAGUGGGGGCGCCCAGCGAGACUGGAGGCGGACCCUCAACCUCCUUUGGUUGACAGUCCCCCUGGGUGUGUUUUGGUCCUUGUUCCUGGGCUGGGUCUGGCUACAUUUGCUUGAAGUACCUGACCCGAAUACUGUACCCCACUAUGGAACUGGAGUGGUGGUCUUUGGUCUUUCAGCAGUGGUGGAACUUCUGGGAGAGCCCCUCUGGGUCUUGGCCCAAGCACAUAUGUUUGUCAAGCUCAAGGUGAUUGCCGAGAGUCUGUCCGUCAUCCUCAGGAGUGUCCUGACUGCUCUUCUCGUGCUCUGGCUGCCCCACUGGGGACUGUACAUUUUCUCUCUGGCCCAGCUUUUCUACACUGCGGUUCUGGUGCUAUGCUACGUUCUGUAUUUCACCAAGUUACUGGGUUCCCCAGAACCCAGCAGACACACUCUUCCAGUCUCCACCAUGACAGCCCUGUUACCCAGCAUUACGAGAAGUGGAGCGUUUAUAAACUGGACAGAGGCUAAAUUGACGUGGAGUUUUUUCAAACAAUCUUUCCUGAAACAGAUUUUGACCGAAGGUGAGCGAUAUGUGAUGACAUUUUUGAAUGUGUUAAAUUUUGGCGACCAGGGUGUAUAUGACAUAGUGAAUAAUCUUGGUUCCCUGAUGCCCAGGAUAGUUUUCCAGCCGAUAGAAGAAAGUUUUUAUAUAUUCUUUGCCAAGGUGCUGGAGAGAGAAAAGGAGGCCACGCAACAGAAGCAGGAGGACGUUGCUGUGGCUGCCGUGGUUUUAGAGUCCCUGCUCAAACUGGCCCUACUGACUGGCCUGACCAUCACUGUUUUCGGCUUUGCCUAUUCUCAGCUGGCUCUGGAUAUCUACGGAGGGACCAUGCUUAGCUCAGGAUCAGGUCCUGUUUUGCUGCGUACCUACAGUCUCUAUGUCCUACUGCUUGCCAUCAAUGGAGUGACCGAGUGCUUUACAUUUGCUGCCAUGAGCAAAGAGGAGGUUGACAGGUACAACGGCACCAUGCUGGCCCUGUCCUGUUCAUUCCUGGUGGCGGCCUACUUCCUGACCCACUGGUUUGGCAGCGUGGGCUUUAUCUUGGCCAACUGCUUUAACAUGGGCAUUCGGAUCACACAGAGCCUCAGCUUUAUCUACCGUUACUUCCGCAAGAGCUCCCAUAGGCCUCUGACCAGCCUGAGCCUGUCGCCAGCCCUGCUCGGGGUCUUCGUCCUCAGUGGCGGGAUCACCCGAGUUUCAGAGGUGUACCUCUGCUGUGAGCACGGCUGGCUGGCCCGGCUGGCACAUAUCGCCGUGGGGACUUUGUGUUUGGCAGCUACUCUGGGGACAAUCUUCCUCACGGAGACCAAGCUGAUUCACUUUCUUAGGACUCAGUUAGGGGCAUCCAGACUCUCCAGUAAGUGGACGUGACUUCCUGUAGCACCAGACCAACUGCAGGCAGUUGGUGGGUGGACCGUGCUUCCCGUGAGAAGACUGCUGGGGGUCUACAGCGGCAUGAGACCAAGUGAGGGCGGGCCGGGGGAAGGGGCGAGCACUGUCGUCCAUGAGAAGUGUCUGACAGGGAGGACUUGCAUUUUAAGGAAAUACCAAGAAUAGACACAACUGGUUGUGUUGGGUUGUGUUGUUGUUUUCACCAUUUUGUCCUAUGAGCUUUCUGUUCAUUCCUUGUGGAUAUGACUGCUGUCAGAAUCUACAGAUGCCAGCAAAACUAGGUUCAUAUUCAUCUGGCUCAAAAUAAGAGGUGGAGCAUUUCUGUCUCAGAACAGUUUGUUGAUUCUGUUGAGGAUGGAGGCCUGAUGUUAGUUGGGCAGCAAACAAGAACAAAUGGAGUUGUGGUUUCCCCCCUGUCAACACUGUGGUCUGGGUUUUUAGGAAAGGAAAAAUGUUGCUCAAUGAGAAAUCUGAGAAAUGCCAACGGGAAGUCUGUCAGAUUACAUUCCCCAGAUCUGGGGGCUGGUCGGGCCUCAUCU